CUUACAGCUUCAAAUGUAUUAAUAUUUAAUGAUAUUUAAUAUUCUAGAAAUAAAAAAAUAUAACAAUUAAAUACAUAAAACAACAAAGCUGUGUUAAAAUUAUAAAAGAAACUCUCUAAUUAAACAAAAGUGCAUAUUUAAAUAUUUAACUCUUUUAAAACUUCAAGUAGAUUUUUAAUUAAUCAAUAAAAUCUUCCAUAUUUAAUUAAAAUAUUAUAAAAAUAAAACUUUACUUAAUUGCAAUUUAAUAACCCUAAAAAAGUAGUGAUAUUAAAUAAAUUUUAUUUAAAUAUUUAAAAAAGUGUUGUGAAUUAUUAAAAUAUAAAAAUAAUAAAAGAAAAAUUUUUAUUAAAAAGCGAGCUUUGACGCAAAACUGAAAAAGGUUUUGAUUAUUCAAAACAAUUUUUAUUAUAAAAACAAAAAGUAAUUUUUCCACGUAAACAGACAACUAUAUUUCAAGUUUUACCUUUGACCUUAAACUUAACAAAUGUUUCAUACAUACAAACUUACAUAAAGGAAGCGCCAACUUUUAACUAGACAUGUAAUUAUUUCUCUAAGUAUUUUUUUUGGCAAAAAAUCAAAAAAAGAAAAUAAAUACGAACUACAAUUAGAAGCCGAUAUAUGAGAAUUUUUUGCCUAAACAAACUGCAAAUCACACCCAACCAUUAGGCAGCGACCUUCGCGUGUUGCAGCAGUCAGUCCACCAAAGAGAAAGUAAAAACAAAAUACGUUGAACAAAACUAAAAAAGGAUUUUUCUUUCCAACACCUUAAGGACAUAUUGGUAUACGAAAAAUGCACUAAAACUCCAACAACAACACAAACAAAAAUUACAUAUUUAAACAAUAUUGUUGCAACAACUUAAAGUUACCACAUACUCGUGCAUUUCCUUGUUGGAAGAACAAUUUCUCUACAUCUACGAAAGGAUUUCAAACAACUCGAUAGCAAUUCCCGCUUAAUUUUUUCUUUUUACUACACAUUUUUUUUGUUGUUCCUUUGAAUUGUUGUCUGCUGGCCGUUUUUGGCGUCCAUAUGAAACAACAAUAAAUUUUGCCAAAGCGUCAUGACCGGAUGUACGCAUUAUCUAACAGAGUUCGACAUGAUGGAAAUAAGCAGGAGUAGAGAUAUUACAAAAAUGCAGGAAAUGAAUUACCUGCAAGAUAAUUCCAAAGUGGAGGCACUUACCAAAGCUGUUCUCAUCUCCAUAUUAGGUGUAGCUAUUGUACUCUCAAAUCUUCUAAUAAUCGCCACAUAUGCCAAUUUCAAAGGUCCCACAGAAGUUAUCAACUAUUAUUUGUUAUCAUUAGCGGUAGCCGAUUUACUUUGUGGUCUUUUGGUGGUACCCUUUUCCGUAUAUCCAGCUUUAACAGGAGAAUGGUUGCACGAGGAAUUGCUGUGCCGUUUUACUGGUUAUUUAGAGGUAACUCUGUGGGCGGUAUCAGUGUAUACGUUUAUGUGGAUAUCGGUUGAUCGUUAUUUGGCGGUACGUAAGCCUUUGCGCUACGAAACGGUACAAACGAAAACAAGAUGUCAAUGUUGGAUGGCAUUUACCUGGAUCUCAGCAGCCCUACUCUGCAGUCCACCUAUACUCGGUUAUACGGCACCGAUUAAGAAUCAUGUAGCGCACAUUUGUAUGCUCGAUUGGGGCAAUAUGGCGGCGUAUAGUAUAACGUUAGCAAUAUUAGUUUUAGGUCCUAGUGUUAUAUCGAUUGUUCAUAAUUAUACAUACAUUUUCAUUAUGAUGCGUAAAAUUAAAUCGGGUGAACCGAUCCAUGAUAAAGAGUAUGCUACUGCAUUAGCUGAAAAUUUAUCGAAUCCAAGUCAUAUGAUGUCAUUCGCAUUAGUGUUUGCAUUCUGGAUGUCAUGGUUACCAUGGAUUUCGUUACGUCUGUACGAACUGGUAACCGGUGAUGUUAUACAAAGUACUCUCAUUAAUUUUGGCGUAGUUUGGAUUGGUGUUUUAAACUCAUUUUGGAAAAUAAUCAUAAUGACGACAAUGUCACCACAAUUUCGUAUCGCACUCAGAGUAUUUUGCUUAACAAUAUGCUGUAAGACUAAGGGCCGUUUGCAAGCCGAACUAAUCGGGUUAGACCCAGAUGACUAGAGUCGUUAGAUUUUCUUAUUGGCUUGAAUUGUAAUUGAAAAAGACAUUGAUAUUGAUUUAAUUCUCAACAUUCUUGUUCUUCAUCUUCAAAAACACAUACAAGAGAAUAAAAGCUAAAAGAGAAAACAAAUCACUCAAAAAACCCCAAAUUUGGAAGAAAAAAAAACAAGAAAUUUUAGGCAUUAAAAUGAUUGAAAACACCUUACACUUUUAACACCAUCCUCACAUAUAAACACUUCAAAACACUCUCCCAUAAACACACACAUACACACAUUUAAAAAUAUUCCAUAUAAAUUUUAUAAAAUAUUUUAUUAAUAAAAUAUAAUUAUUAUAUUAUGAACUAAAGCUAAUUGGUUGUAAUUUAAAAAAAAAAAUCUAUUUAUUAAGUAGUUUUUAAGCCAGAAAAAAAAACCCCUAAACGCCAUUUUGUCUUUAAAGUCUUAAGGCGUGUACUAUAAUUAAGUCUUAGUUCUUAAGCCUUCAAUUAUGUAAAAUUUCAUUCCAAUUUAAGUAAAACAGACAAAACGUAUUUUUGAUAAGUAGUUUUAAAACAAAUUUUAAGAGCUUAAAUUGUGGUUAAAAACUUUGUUUAGAAUUCCAAAAAAAAAAGUGAAAAAAUAAUUAUUGUUGAUUUUCAAAUUGAAAUUGUUAAAACAAAACGAAAUUAAUAUUUAAACGGGGAAGUGUAGUUGUUUGCAUUACACUCAAAAAUUAUAGAGAAAUUGCAUUUAAAAAUUAUAUAUUAAUAAUGUUUUUUUUAGUUAUUGAAUAAUUCUUAAGCUUUUUUGGUUUGUUAGUUGUAUGUAUGCUAAGUGGAACGAAAUGGAAUGAAACAGACAGUAAAAUUAAUGAAAUUAAACAUUUAAAGCUAGUUUUUUUUACAUCAGCAUCACAUCUUGAAAAGUAGUUUUUGACUUCACGAUUAAAAGGUAUUUUGUUUACUAGUUUAAACGGCCAAGCUAAAACUUCACUUACCCCACUUCACUUACUUAAUAUAGAAGCAAAGAGGAAGUACUUACUCUUUGGGUGAAUAACGGAUUACAAAUGUGCUAAACCGACUUUAACGGACUUAAACUGUUUUCUGUUUUUUUAAAGCGCCACUGACAAGUCUAUUUUAUAGUGCUAUCAAAAAAUCUUUCGAAGACAACUAUUUAGGGUUCGAAUCAUUAAUAUCUUGAUUGGUAGACAAACGCUCUAGACAAUUGGUUACAAAUCCUAUUCAACAAAAUUAAAUAAUGUAAUUGAUAACAACCUUCUACUACCAAGUAAUAUAUGAAAUAACUACUACUUUAUGAACAUUACUUACACCGUAAGCAGACAAGGUUUGCUCGAUUCGGAUUCGAACCAUUAACUUCUUAUUUGUUAGACAAACGCUCUAAACAGUUGGAUACAAAUCCUAUUGAAGAAACUUAAACGAUGUUAUUGAUAACAAUCUUCUACUAACAAGUAAUAUAUGAAAUAAAUUCAACUUAAUGAACAUUACUUACACGGUAAGCUGUCAAGUAAUAUAGAAGUCUAUUCGCUUACAAGAUUCGGAUUUGAUCCAUUAACUUUGUAAUUAUUAGACACACGCUCUAGACAUCAUAUUCCAUAAAAUUAAACUGAAUGACCUUCUAUUACCAAGUAAUGUAUGAAAUAACUACUGCUUUAUGAACAAUAUCAAAUCAAAAUAAUAUUUUUAAUUUAGAAUAUUGAAAAACGAUUCGCUUUUAAAUAGGACUUCCAUCUUGAGAUCCUAAAUAAAAGGCUAAAAAUUACUUUUAAACCAUUUGGAUGUCAAAGGUCACAAAAUGUUAUAUUUAGCGUUUAUCUAGCAUCGUUUUACUGGUCAAUAAACACAUAGACUGGUCCAUAGACUAGUUAAUAGACAUAGACAACAGGCUACUCAAAUAGUAUAGACUAGUCUGUAGACUAGGCCAUAUAUUAGUUUAUAGACUAGACUAUAGAUUAGUCUAUAUGCUAGACAAUAGAUUAGUCUUUAGACUAGAUCAUAGACGAGUCUAUAGAUUAAACAUUUUGGAGGUCAAAGGUCACUAAAUUCUAUAUAGUCAUUUUACUAGUCAAUAAACAAGUCCAUUUAAUUAUAGAACUGGUCCAUAACUGUCAAUAAACUACACAGUUUCAUAUCUAUAGACUAGAUUAGUCUAUAAGCCAGACAAUAGACUAAUCAAAAUAGAAUAGAACAGAAUAGACUAGUCUGUAGACUAGACCAUAGUCUAAACCAUAGGAUAGUUUAUAGACUAGACUAUAGAUUAAUCUAUAUACUAGACAAUAGCUUAGUCUUUAUACUAAUCUGUAGACUAGACAAUAGACGAUUCUAUAGAUUAAACAUUUUGAAGGUCAAAGGUUACGAAAAUCUAUAUUUAGCGCUUAUCUAGAAUAGAUUAGUCAUUUUACUAUUUAAUAAACAAAUCCAUUUAGUUAUUAAACUGGUUCAUAACGAAUCAAUAGACUAUACAGUCCAUUUUGUCUGUAUGCACUAUGUAGAGUGUUCUAUAACCUAGACAAUAUACUCUCAAUAGAAUAGACUAGUAUGUAGACUAGUCCAUAGACUAGACCAUAUAUUAGUUUAUAAACUCGACCAUAGUCUAUAGAUUAAACAAUUUGCAGGUUAAAGGUCACUAGUCAAUAGACUAGGCAGUCCAUUUUGUCUCUAUGGACUAUACAAUAAACUACCCAAUAGAAUAGACUAGUCUACAGAUUACUACAUCACAGAUUAGUUUAUUGACUAGACUAUAGAUUAGUCUAUAUACUAGACAAUAGAUUAGUCUGUGGACAAAUCUGUAGACAAGACCAUUGACUAGUCCUUACAUUAGACAAUAGACUACUGUAUAGACUAGACAACAGACAACAGAGUCUAUAGAUUAGACGUUAGAGUAGUAUACUAGUCCAAAAACUAAAUUAUAAAAUAGUCUGUAAACUAGAAAAUAUACAAAUCCAAAGUAUAGAAAUAUAGAGUAGUCGG